UUACAUUCGUCUCUCGAAUCCGCUUUCUCUCUGCUACCGUCGUCUCCUCCUCCUCCGUCAGAUAGAAAUUGAAGAAUUUCAGUUUUGCCGGAAAAAAUUAAUGUGAUAGUGUUAAUGACCAUGGCCGUUGCCGACCGUCACAAGCCACACGCCGAUAUCAAGCUCUUCAGGCUGUGUCCGAUUUGGCAAUCAGGGAAUACUAAUUCGUCUUCUUCGUCGUCGACUCAGAACCUUCACCAUAGUAGCCAUGGCCCCAGCGACAGAAACUCAACGGUCUCGAAUAACAUGAAAGCUUCAGCGUCUUCCAAGACGGUGUCCUCUGUGGCGAAGUCGCUGUUGCCUCCUCGGCGUAGGCUCCGGCUUGAUCCUAACAAUUCUUUGUUCUUUCCUUAUGAACCCGGGAAGCAGGUAAAGAGCGCCAUCAGAUUGAAGAAUACGAGCAGAUCCCAUGUAGCUUUCAAGUUUCAAACUACAGCCCCGAAGAGCUGUUAUAUGCGGCCUCCUGGUGGCAUUCUUGCUCCUGGAGAAAAUUUUAUUGCUACUGUCUUCAGAUUUGUGGAGCACCCUGAGAACAAUGAAAAGCCAAUGGACCAGAAAAGCAAAAUUAAGUUUAAGAUCAUGAGCCUUAAAGUGAAAGGAGGAACAGAAUACGCACCUGAGCUGUUUGAAGAACAGAAGGAUCAAGUAACAGUUGAGCGGAUUUUGCGGGUCGUAUUUGUAGAUCCAGAGCGACCUAGUGCAGCUCUCGACAAGCUGAAACGUCAAUUGGCCGAAGCCGAGGCUGCACUUGAAGCACGCAAGAAACCUCCAGUGGAAACAGGUCCUCAGGUUGUAGGGGGUGAAGGUCUUGUGAUAGAUGAAUGGAAAGAACGGAGGGAGAAAUACCUUGCUCGUCAACAAGUGGGCGCAGUAGACUCUGUGUAAAGUUAGACUUUUAUUGUUGCGCCACACUCUUUUCGGUGGUAAAUCUGUUCAGGUAUUGUCUUCUUCUCAAGCCCUGGAUAUCUGGAAGAUGAAAGGAGUUGUUACUUGGAAUGUUCAUCUGAGAGGGAAAAAACAGAAAAGAAAAGAAAAUCCAAUGUCGAUGUCAUUACUCAUGAAGUGAGCAGCACGUAAUUUGAAGAACUUAAUCGAAAGUCGAAUGCUGCUCAUUGUAGAUAAUGAAUUUUGUUUGUGAAAAUAAAUGUAUUUACACAAUAAUCACCUCAGCUUAUGAUCAUAAGAUAGAAUAUAAUAUGGUUUCUUGGUUGGAAUUGAUCAAUAGAACUUUUGGACAGAUAAGUUUGUGUAGUAUUGUGCUGAAGGAGGAUGUUGUAUUUCCAAAAAUUCCACAAUUUCUGAGCUUAAAAUUAUUCAAUCAAGCAGGGCCAUGUUAUAAGAUGUAUGUGAAUGGCUUAUGCCAUUUUCUAGGUGCAAUCAAAGGGCAUCCUUUUGGGUUUCAAA